GAAAUAAAAAAGAUUCAAUAUUGUCAAUGUGGUAAUUUGUAGACUUGUUUGUUAUUUACAAUAAAAUAAUAAAAUACGGGUUUCAUUGACUAAAGUCAUUUGCAUUUACGGAAAAUUUAAUACAUUCCACAAUAAGUUGCUAGAACCGCUGUAGGUGUCAUACUUGUACGCUAAUAACGUCGGUUUUCUUGGAGAGCCCGAAGGCGAUCGGAUUAGAGAACGAUGGAAGCGAUGGACAUUCAGGCCGUAGAAUCGAAACUAAGUGACGUCACUGUGACGGCCAUACCCAUGAGCGGGAAGAACAUACAUAAAGAACUGAGCCAUGGGAAUACUAGUCAGGCAACUAUAUCCACUGUCCCCGCGACUUCUCCAUCGUCUGUUGGCAAGGAUAAAGACAACGGAAUGUCGAACUCGAUGGCGGUAACUUGGCAGAACAAGUGUCGCUGGGACACUAGCUACAGCGCCGACUCCGUAGAGUGGUGCCCUGUGGAGCCCUACCGCGAUGUACUCGUCUGCGGGACUUACCAGCUCGAUAAGAAGGAUGAACAAGGAGACUCCUCAGCUAAACAGACAAGACUAGGAAGAAUAUACCUAUUCGUAAUCAACAACGAAACCAAAGACUUGGUUCCAAUCCAAUCAGUAGACACCUCAGGAAUUCUAGACCAGAAAUGGUGCUACCAUACCAUUCGGGACUAUCCCACAUUAGCCGUUGUCACUUCAGUGGGUAAUCUAGAACUUUAUCAAUUAAGCAAUGAGGAUGGCUCGUUACAAUUAAAGCUUUGGUUAAAGCACGCGAUUUGUCAAGAUGUAUUAGCCCUGUCAGUUGAUUGGUCGACCAAUAAAACGUCUUCGGAAGAACCUUGUUUGGUGGUCAGCGAUUCUGCUGGUUGUGUGCAUAUCUUGAAAAUAGUGGAAGAUGGGAUUCAGGUCAUAGGAAAAUGGGAGAGUCAUAGCUUUGAAGCGUGGAUCUCUGCAUUCAAUUAUUGGAAUCCGGGUGUAUUUUAUUCAGGUGGCGAUGACUGCAUAUUCAAGAGCUAUGACGUCAGAGUGCCAGAUGUUGCCACUGCUGUGAAUAGGCGCCACGAGGCGGGUGUCACUUCAGUCAGGAGCCAUGUGGAUGAGGAAUAUCAGCUGUUGACUGGAAGUUACGACGAAAAAGUCCGACUGUGGGACACGCGAAGCCUAAAAUCGAGCAUCAACGAAAUCGACGUUAAGGGUGGUGUUUGGCGGCUAAAAUGGCACCCAACCAAGGCAAACAUCGUCUUAGCGGCGUGUAUGUACGGCGGGUUCCGUAUACUACAUGUAGAGGACCAAAUGGAGAUCCUUACGGAAUAUAUGGAGCAUGAGAGCAUAGCUUAUGGAGCUGAUUGGAAGUUUGAAGACAGUUUAGUGGCUACGUGCUCGUUUUAUGAUUGUAAAAUGCAUAUUGGUAAGGUUAACAUGUAGUUUUAUCUAGUAAAACUGUUUAUUUUGA